AUGGCUGCCAACGCCAGAUAUGAGCCUGCACCCCAGCGGGACUCUUUUGAGGAGCAGCAGCGAUACACUCAAGCGCCUCCCUCUUAUCAAGCUACCGCGGCGUAUGCAGAGCCGCGAACUGAGGAUGACAAUGUGCCAGACGACUUUAAAUUUGGCGGUAUGGUUGCGGAGGGGACUAUCGAUAUCCGAAUGCAGUUUGUGCGGAAGGUAUACUCGAUCCUGACUGCCCAGAUCCUUCUCACUGCCGUCCUCAGCUCCGUUUCCUUCUUCAAUGUCAGCUAUCGUGACUGGAUCCAAGGCAAUGUCUGGCUGAUGUUUAUCUCCAUCUUUGGGGCCCUAGGAUUUAUGCUUGCAACAUACUGGAAGCGCAAGUCCUACCCGGCAAAUCUCCUCUUCCUCUCUGGCUUCACUUUAAUGGAAGCCUAUGCUAUCAGCGUGGUGACCUCCUACUACCAGUCGCGGGUUGUCGUGCAAGCGCUGGUUCUCACGCUGGGCAUCUUUGUCGCACUCACGCUCUUCGCUUGCCAGACCAAGUAUGACUUCACCAACUGGAUGCCAUAUUUGUUCGGUGCAUUGUGGUUCCUGAUCCUGUUUGGAUUUGUGGCUACCUUCAUUCCUUUUAACAACACACUGGACAUUGUAUACGGUGUUCUGGGUGCGCUCAUCUUCUCUGCAUAUAUACUAGUCGAUACACAGCUGGUUAUGCGACACUACCACGUUGAAGAGGAGAUUGCCGCUUCCAUCUCAUUGUAUCUCGAUGUGCUGAACCUGUUCCUGUCAAUUCUGCGAAUCCUCAACGGACAGAACAACAAUUAA